GCGCCUCAGAGGCGUUUGCGAUGGGGAAGGCUUCCCCCGAAGCCGUGGGCUUUCCGGAGCCUGUCCCUAGCGAGCUGCGCAGCACCGGGAGCGGAGUUGGUGGAAACGAGUUGAGUUUCAGAAAUAGCAAAAAUGCUUCAUAUUUCGCACUAAAAACUCAGCGUGUCCUCCGGCCCCGUGUCUGGGGUUUGCUCUGGCAGAGGCAGCUGAGGCGGCCCCAGGAAGGGGUGCCCGUGCCGUGACACAGGGCCGGGCUGUGGCCGCCGGUUCCCGCCGUCCGGCCCCGCUGCCCGUGUUAUCAGGAAACUGCAGCGGCACCUUAGUAUGUGCUGCGUGUUAACUCCGGAGCUGAUUUCUAUUGUGCUGUGAAAAGGCUGCUGUGAUCUUUUUCUCCAGAGGAAGAACUAGAGUGUCUCCAGUAAAUGUGUGACAGAGUGUCCAAGGCUCGUAUGGUUUUGAAUUUGAACAGAAGAUUAGAAAUCUGAAUAAUCUUCACGUUUCUUUGAUUAAGAAGUAACAAUGCAACGAAGGCAGGGAAGAGUCAGUGCUGGACUACUUUUGCUGCUUUAUCAAAUUUCUCAAGUUGGACUCCAGAACAUUCCCUCUGUUACCCUUGGGGUACUUGCACUGAAUAUUUUUCUCUUUCUGAAUCCUGUGAGACCUCUGCAUGAAGUGUGUAUCAGUGUCAAUGAAGGCUUCUACAAGAGGAACUGGCAGCGUUUAUUGCUUUCUCCUGUCCACCAUGCAGAUGACUGGCAUUUAUACUAUAACAUGGUUUCCAUGCUUUGGAAGGGGAUAAUGCUGGAAAAAAAGCUUAAGAGCGUAUGGUUUGCGUACAUAAUUGCAGUAUUUUCAGUGCUCAUUGGGGUUGUUUAUAUGAUGUUGGAAUUCGUGCUUGUGGAAAUCCUGGAUGAUCCUUCGUAUGAAAUGAAUUGUGCUGUAGGUUUUUCAGGAGUCUUGUUUGCUUUGAAAGUUCUCAACAACCAUUACAAUCCAGGAAGAGUCAGCAGUGUCCUUGGUUUGCCGAUAGCCAGUAAAUAUGCUUGUUGGGUGGAACUGGUGGCUAUUCAUUUCAUCUCUCCAGGGACUUCUUUUGCUGGGCAUCUGGCAGGGAUUCUUGUUGGAUUGAUGUACACUAUGGGCCCUCUGAAAAAGAUCAUGCGAGCCUGUGCAGGUGGGAUUUCUUCAUUCGCUGACCCUGCCAGGCCAAGGGACUACUAUUCAGAGUAUUAUGGCUAUCCAGGCUAUCAGUACAGCACACCACGGAGCUAUUAUGAUUAUACAGGUGGGCUUUCUGAAGAAGAACAGCUUGAAAGGGCAGUGCUGAACAGUCUUAAUGAAAGAGUGCAACACAGAACAGUGGAAAGGCUGCUGGGAGUGUUUCUGUGCCUCAGCUCUUUCUGGAAGCCUCCUGGUCCUUCUAAGAUUUUGGUGGAGCGACGUAUAAUAAUGAGCGGCGACCCUAUGGUUUUUGGUUUCCACCUGAGCGCCGUUCAGAAGAGGAAAUAAGAAGGCACAGGCUUCGUAGGUUUGAGAGACGAUGAAGUUGGCAGGUGUUGAAGUAAAGUGCUAUUCGGAGUUAUCAAAAUAUUUGUAAAUAUAUUUGUAAUCUGCAGAUUCAUUUGUAGUCCCUUUUCCUUUUUUUUUACUGCUAGUUGCAAAACUGCAGAGGGUUUUGUGAAUUUGUGCUCCAAGUUGGGACUUGCAUAAAAAGUGUGAGAUAGGAAUCAAAAUGUGAUCUUUGGCCAUCUUAAUGCACCUUACCUAUGGCAGAAGACUGAUGGUUUUACCAAACUGGCUUGGUUUUGGUUUUUCUUAAGUUCUUUUGUGCAGCUUCAAGAACUCCUUGGAUUUUUGACUGUGGAUAUUCUCAGACAACAGGUUUUCUUCAUCCCACACAGAUGGAAAACAACUUUAAGUUUUCUAUAGAAUUUUAAACCUAUGCAAUUUUUCCUUAGAAACUGUGCUCUGUUUAUAACCUUCCUUUAUCUAUGGUGACCAACUGGGUUUGGGGUUGGCAUGUGAAAUGCCACUUGAAAAGAUUGCUUUGAUGACAACACCUUGAUCAGAUGAGUCUAGGCUUAAGCUCUUCCAAACCGUGUGAAAACCAGGUGCAAGUGUCCUUAUCCUAAGGAAUUAUUUAAUAUGACCUUCAGUGUUGCAGUCUUCCUUAAAACAUGCCAUUUUCCCUACAGCUUGUAUGUGAUAAAACCAAGUUGUAACUACUUAUGAUUUCCUAAAACCUUUCUAAUAUUUAUAUUUUAAUUCAAAAAAUGCUUCCCUUUGUGGAGUUGCAAUAACUUGUUAGUUUUGUUGAAAGGGAGGUGGAUAUGCCAUACAAAGAAUAUAUUUAUUUAAUAACUUAUACUUUUUUAAAGCGUCUGUUUCACUUCUUAAGAAGGCUUGGAAAUUGUGUUAGGUAUAUGCUGUUCAUGAAACUUUGGAAGUUGUGCUGUUUCUCUGUCAGUGUCUCAUUUGACAUCCAGUAGCAGCCGGCAGAGCUCGCAGACCUGCGGAGAUCUCACCUCGGCACAGGCUGCCUUCAAUUCUUCUUUUCUAAAAGGGGUUUCUCUACCCGACUCCGGAACACUUGACAGGAGACCAGAGAGCUCAGCUGUCGCUUUGGGCAGACCCUCCACUGGCCGCUUGUCACCCAGAGGCUGUCCUGCUGGUGGCACAUCUGCCUAUUCAGUGCCGUUAAAUAAUGAACCUGAAGGCUUCUAGUUCUGGUAUCACUCUGAAAAAUUACUCAUUGCCCAGGCCCUUUUUCCUCGUAAUAGAAGAGAUUCUUCUGAAAUUUGGGACGCUGUUCCGUAACUUUAUCAGUCCUGGAGGGGUGUGAUUGCACAAGAAUAAUUUGAUGAUUGGCUUUUGGCACAGAACUGUUGGAAUCUCCUCAGCACUGAUUUAAUAGAGCAAUAGGAUGAGCAAUUUAAUGGUUUAUUUUCAGGUACAUGUGGUCACCAGUCUGUGCUUUAUGAAGUCAGCUUCUCUACGGAGUUAUAGUUUGAAUGUAAAAACAUAGUCCUGUAUUUUUCAUAUGGAAAAAAGUCCUGAAACUAAGUUUUUGACUAUGCUCUUUAAAUAGAGAGUGCACCUUCUGGUUGUCACUGAUGUAAGCAGGGGAAGCUGUUGUUUGCUGAAAAAUGCACGAGCAGUUCUUCCUCUCCUGUGCCAAUCGCGCUUUUACCAACCUCCUUACACCUGGUGUUGUUUCUGUGCCAAGAAGCAGCACAUGAUCGUUACACCAGCUGUGGGGCUCAAGCUUCUGAGUGCCAGAAGACACAGCUGCAGCGUGACUUCGGACACACUCGUUCAGGUAGAGUAAGAACACUGUGAAUAUUCUGCAAAGUGUUUUCUGGAUUCUAAGACACUUUGUACAUAAGGAAUGCUAAUUUUUGUUCUGUUCUUGGUUGUUUUAUUCUAUUGCUACUGCACACAGAAAACCAGCAGAUCAUUUUAUAGCAGACUACCUUUUCUAUGCCCAGUAAAAAUAAGUAUCAAAAAACUGCAUACAGUUUGCAUAUUUGUCUCAGUGGUUAAUAAUGAUGUGUAAACGAGGAGGAAGUAUCAUUGUUUCCUCAGACUAAUCUUCUAAUGCUCUGGUCAAAAGUUUCAGAGUAACUUGCUGUGCCUGUUAAGCUCUGUUGUUUUAAUUCUUUAAAACCACUGGAUUAGCCACCAGUCGGUUGAAAAAUAUACUUAAGUAAAAAUAUAAAAAAAACAUUAUUACAGUUUUAAAAGCAUUUGUUUUUGUAAAGUGAGGUUAGAAAUCCUUGCCUUUACAUAUUCACCAAAAAUGUCAGUACUAAUUGUUCAGCUUUUUUGUAUACAAAAUUGAAAUAAACAUUUUUUUUUUAACCUUUAAAA